GAUGGCGCCAAACCAAAAAGUUAGAGCGGAAGUGGUAAAACACAAAAGUAAAACAGAAGAGGCUAAACUUGAAAAGUAGGAUCCGUGCGCUAUCUUCUAAGCCAAUCGCAACCGUUAGAUUGACACUCACGCGGAUCGAUCCGAAAACCAAAACUCAAAGACUUCCCUCUCAAAUUUCAUUUCAUUUUUCAAUUCACGCGUUCAAAUUCAAACACCACUCUCUCUAUAUAAAACCCCCUUUUCAUAUCUCAACAAUUCACACCCAAAUCACAUUCAACAAUUCAAUUACACUAAAAUCAAUCUUCCAGAACCUUCUCUCUCCAUGGCACGUACCAAGCAAACCGCUCGCAAAUCCACCGGUGGCAAGGCUCCCCGGAAGCAACUUGCAACAAAAGCCGCUCGGAAAUCAGCUCCGGCAACCGGCGGAGUGAAGAAGCCACACAGAUUCAGACCAGGAACCGUUGCAUUGAGAGAGAUCCGAAAGUAUCAGAAGAGCACUGAGCUUCUGAUCCGAAAACUUCCAUUCCAACGUCUUGUUCGUGAAAUCGCUCAAGAUUUCAAAACAGAUCUGAGAUUCCAGAGCAGUGCCGUUUCGGCUCUUCAAGAAGCUGCUGAAGCUUACUUGGUUGGACUCUUUGAAGAUACUAAUCUUUGUGCUAUUCAUGCUAAGAGAGUUACCAUCAUGCCUAAGGAUAUUCAGCUUGCAAGAAGAAUCAGAGGAGAGAGGGCUUAGGGUUAUAUAUAUCUUUGUGCCAAUUUCAAUUCCUAAAUAUUUUGUUAACCCUAGAAUCAGAUUGCUAGUACAAGCUUCUAUGUGUGAAUCUUUAACUUUAGUUGUAUUACUAUUUGAAUUUGAAUGUUAAUCAAUGAGUUUGCUAGUAA